AUGGGCGCCGCGGGACCGCGCUGGGUUUUCUUGGCUCUUGUCGUGCCAGGGGUCCUCGGUCAGUGUAAGUUCCUGCCAAGGUACCCUUUUGCUAAGCCUAAAAUUCAGAAUAAUCAGUCUCACUUUGCUGUUGGGACAACUUGGGAAUAUGAAUGCCUUCCUGGGUAUGUCAAGAAGUCAUUCUUUAUCAACUGCCAAAAUACCUCCAAGUGGUCAGAUGUUCAGCAGUUCUGUAAACGUAAAAAAUGUAUGAGUCCUAGAGAACUCCUCCAUGGCUCUGUCCUCGCACCCAUGGGUAUCGUGUUUGGGUCAACAAUUACAUAUUCUUGUGAUAAAGGAUAUCGACUCAUUGGUGACUCAUCUGCUACAUGUAUUAUUAUCUCAGACAAUACUGUAAACUGGGAUAAGGACAUGCCUUUUUGUGAAUCUAUUCCUUGUGAGUCACCCCCAGCCAUCUCCAAUGGAGACUUUUACAGCAGUGAUAAAGAGUACUUUUACUAUGGAAUGGUGGUUGCUUAUAAGUGCCAUGUUGGACAGAGUGGGGAAAAGCUGUUUGACCUCGUGGGUGAGAAGUCAAUAUACUGCACCAGCAAAGACAAUCAAGUUGGCAUUUGGAGCAGCCCUCCCCCUCAGUGUAUUCCUGUAGUCAAAUGCCCAAUUCCAGAAGUUGAAAAUGGAAUUAUGGAGUCUGGAUUUAGGCGCUCAUUUUCCUUAAAUGAUUCUGUGAUAUUUAAGUGUAAGCCUGGCUUUACCAUGAAAGGCAGCAACAUAGUAUGGUGCCAACCACCCAACAAAUGGAAUCCUCCACUGCCAAGGUGUUUCAAGGGGUGUCUACCACCUCCACAUAUUCACCAUGGUAAUUAUAACAAAUUGGAUGAGGAAUUCUUUGCAAUUGGACAGAAAGUGUCCUACAGCUGUGAGCCUGGCUACACUCUCAUUGGAACUAACCCUAUGCAGUGUACAUCCUUGGGAACCUGGAGCCAUCCAGCCCCCAAAUGUGAAGUGAAAUCAUGCGAUGCCAUUCCAAACCAACUUCUCAACGGUCGUGUGAUAGCUCCUCCUAAUCUCCAGCUUGGGGCAGAGGUUUCAUUUGUUUGUGAUAAGGGGUAUCGGUUAAAUGGCCAAUCUUCUAGUCAGUGUGUCUCAGAAGGAAUGAGAGUACUCUGGAAUAAUAAGUUUCCUGUCUGUGAACGGAUUUUUUGUGACCCUCCUCCUUCUAUCAAAAAUGGGCGGAAUAGUUAUCAUUCUGGUCCUGUAUCUGUGAACACUGUGGUGAGAUACCGUUGUCUGAGUGCCUUCCGCCUCAUUGGAGAAAGUACUCUUUUUUGUAUAACUAAAAAUGAAGUGAAUGGAGUCUGGGAUAAAGCUGCUCCUGUCUGUGAAUAUUACAAUAAAAAUUCUAUUUGCUCUGAGCCCAUAGUACCAGGGGGAUACAGAAAUAAACAAUCUAGACCACCGUACAGACACGGUGAUUCUGUGACAUUUACCUGUCAUACCAACUUCACCAUGAAAGGAAACAAAACAGUUUGGUGCCAAGCAAAUAAAAAGUGGGGGCCGACACCACUACCAACCUGUGAGAGUGAUAUCCCCCUGGAGUGUCCAUCACUUCGCAGAAUUGCCAAUGGGCAUCACACAGGGGAGAGUGUUGACUCCUUUGCCCCAGGAUUGUCUGUGACCUACAGCUGUGAACCUGGUUACUUGCUUCUUGGAGAACAGACCAUUCGCUGUUUGUCUUCAGGAGUCUGGAGUGCUGUCGCUCCCAUAUGUAAAGAGGCACAGUGUGAACCUCCAAGACCGUUUCUCAAUGGGCAGAUAAAGAGGCCCACAAGUCUUCGGGUUGGUGCAACUGUGAACUUUUCCUGUAGUGAAGGGUAUCAAUUACAAGGCCCACCUUCUAGCCAGUGUGUAAUUGUUGGACAGCGUACUUUUUGGACCAGGAUGCCAGUGUGCAAAGAAAUUCUUUGCCCUCCACCUCCUCCCAUUCUCAAUGGAAGACACACGGGCAGCUCUUCAGUGAUUGUUCGGUAUGGAAGCACAGUCACUUACACCUGUGACACGGGGCCAGAGAAAGGAGUGAACUUCAUCCUCAUUGGGGAGAGAACUAUCCGUUGUACAGCUGAUAGUCUGAAGACUGGGAUCUGGAGUGGCCCUGCCCCACGCUGUGAACUUUCUGUUUCUGAGGUUCGGUGUCCACCUCCCCAGAUCCUAAGAGGCCAAAUAUCAUCUGGGCAGAAAGAUCAAUAUUCCUAUAACGACACUGUGAUAUUUGCUUGCAUAUCUGGCUUCACUAUGAAGGGCAGCAAGGGAAUCCGAUGUAAUGCCCAAGGCACAUGGGAGCCAUCGGUGCCAGUCUGUGAAAAGGAUUGUCAAGCCCCUCCUAAAAUCCUCCAUGGGCAAAAGGAAGAUGGACACAUGAUUCGCUUUGACCCUGGAACAUCCGUAAGAUACAGCUGUGACCCUGGCUAUGCGCUGGUAGGAGAAGAAUCCAUACAUUGUACCUCUGAGGGCGUGUGGAUACCCACUGCUCCCACAUGCAAAGUGGCAGAAUGUGAACCUAUAGGAAUUCAAGUCUUUGAAAAACCCAAAAAUCAAUAUAUUAGACCAGAUGUGAACUCUUCUUGUGAUGAAGGGUACCGGCUAGGCGAGAGUGUUUAUCAGCAGUGUCAAGGCACAACUUCUUGGUUUAUGGAGAUUCGUCUUUGUAAAGAAAUCACCUGCCCACCACCCCCUGUUAUCUACAAUGGAGUACACACAGGGAGUUCCUCAGAAGAUGUCCUCUAUGGAACCACAGUCACUUACACAUGUAACCCUGGGCCAGAGAGAGGAGUGAAGUUCAACCUCAUUGGGGAGAGCACCAUCCGCUGCAUAAGCAAUGAUCAAGAGAUGGGCAUCUGGAGUGGCCCUUCUCCUCUCUGUAAACUUUCUCUCCCUGCUGUUCAGUGCUCACAUGUCCACGUUGCAAAUGGAUACAAGAUAUCUGGCAAGGAAGCCCCAUAUUUCUACAAUGACAGUGUGAUAUUCAAGUGUAAUGAUGGAUUUACUUUGAAGGGCAGCAGUCAGAUUCGUUGCAAAGCUGAAAGCACCUGGGAUCCUGAAAUACCAGUUUGUGUAAAAGGCUGUCAGCCACCUCCUGGGCUCCACCAUGGUCAGCAUACAGGUGGAAAUAGGGUCCUUUUUGUCUCUGGGAUGACUGUAAACUACACCUGUGACCCUGGUUACUUGCUUGUGGGAAACAGAUCCAUUCACUGUAUGCCUUCAGGAAAUUGGAGCCCUUCUGCCCCUCGGUGUGAAGAAGCACCAUGCGAACCUUUGAAAGAAGAUCUUCAAGUGCUUCCAGUUGAUUCACCUGUGGUACCAAUUAAUACAACCUGCCAAGAUGGGUACCAGUUGACUGGACAUGCUUAUCGGAAAUGUCAAGAUGAUAAGAAUGGGAUUUGGUUCCAAGAGAUUCCACUUUGUAAAGUUAUCUACUGUCAACCUCCACCAGUGAUUAACAAUGGGAGGCACAGGGGUGUGAUGGUAAAACACUUUCUGUAUGGAAAUGAGGUCUCUUACGAAUGUGACCAAGGAUUCUAUCUUCUGGGAGAGAAAAGUAUACGGUGCAUAAGUGAUUCUAAAGGACGUGGAUCUUGGACUGGACCUCCCCCACAGUGCUUAAAAUCUCCUCCUGUGACUCACUGCCCUAACCCAGAAGUCAUACACGGAUACAAGCUAAAUAAAACUCGUUCUUUGUAUUCCCACAAUGACAUAGUACAUGUUGCCUGCGAUCCCGGUUUCAUCAUGAAUGGGAGUCGCUUGAUUAGGUGUCAUACUGACAACAAAUGGGUGCCAGGUGUACCAACGUGUAUCAAAAAGGCUUUCUUAGGAUGUCAGCAUCCAAUUAAGAUCCCCAACGGAAAUCAUACCGGUGGAGACAUAGCUCGAUUUUCUCCUGGAAUGUCAAUCCUGUACAGCUGCAUCCAAGGCUACCUGCUUGUAGGACAGGCACUCCUUCUUUGUACACAUGAGGGAACCUGGAACCAACCUGCCCCUUAUUGUAAAGAGGUGAACUGUAGCUUCCCAGAGCAUAUAAAUGGAAUCCAGAGUACGCUUGAGCCUGGAAAAAUGUAUCAGUAUGGAGCUGUCAUCACUUUAGAGUGUGAAGAUGGGUAUACCCUGGAAGGCAGUCCCCAGAGCCAGUGUCAGGAAGAUCACCGAUGGAACCCUCCCCUGGCCGUUUGCAAAUCACCAAGCUCACUUGCUCCUCUUAUUUGUGGUUUUUCUGCAGGAGUAGUGAUUCUUUUCUGCUUGGGUGCUGUUGCCUUACGCAUGAUAUUAAAACACAGAGAACGCAAUUACUAUACAAAUUCAAGCCAUAAAGAAGAUGUUCAUUUAGAAACACUAGAAGCAUAUUCUGUUGAUCCAUACAACCUAGCAAACUAAUCAGAAGACAAACUGUAUGCCUUGUUGCUUGGAACCCAACUGAACAUCGUCGGUUGGAAAGAUACCUUCUAAUAUCAGCAAGUCUAUUUGUAUGGUUUCAACAUCUGUGAGAUUAUUUCAUAAGCUUUAACUCCUAUAUGCACUUAGUCUCAAGCAGAACAAAGAAAGUUUGCUUGAUGAUGAAGAUGGGAACCCAGUUUUACUGCUACAUGCUCUUCAAGGACUUUUUGAAGCCUUACCUGUGACAUACUUGGAGCCAGGCUAUGGAUAUAAACAGUUACAUACUCUAAAAGUAUCACCAUUUUUAGGAAGGCACUAAAAAGAGCUGUCCUAGUGCCUAGACUCUUCUUUUUAUAAUCAGCAUGCUUACUGUUACCAUAUACUUUUGGUUACAGUGUGGUUUUAAUUAUUUAAGCAAAGUAUGAAGCAUAUCCUGUGGUUGUAAUGGGCAUACAUUUGUUGGGAAAUCUGAUUUCAUUUUCAUAGGAGCAUCUUUCUUUGACAUAGUUAAACGUUUCACUUUUAUUUCUGCUUGGUUUGAGUUUUUCUCAUCGUAUGUACUUUGCCUUUCCAUAAUCACUCAGUGAUUCCAAUUUGCACAUUUUGUUUAAAUUAUGAGCGUUGUUUUAAUUCUGAAGUUUAAUUCUGAAGUAGCUGUAGUUGCUUGUAAAAUGUCA